UCCGGGCCACGGGUUGUUGUGACCGGGGCGCUUCGUGAGAAGAGACUUCGCUCUCUGCAGCAAUAGGUUGUUCCCUGCUGCUGCCAGGCCUGAAUCUCCCUCGUGACCCAGAACUUGUCACCGGCAACAUCCGCUGCUUCUUUCUCGCUUUUGCUUUUGGGGCAAUAUGCAGCUAAAGUGACACUUCCCUUAAACGCUUCGUUUGCAGAAAGAGGAACCCCUGAAACCUUUCAUCUGAGAAGGGAAGAACUGCGUUCAGCCUCCCGCACUGCUCCCAGCCAUCUUGAGAAACCCAGUCGGGCGUCUCCAGGGGAGCCCCCACCGGUCCAGAGAGCGAAGGGCAGCAGGAGGUGAGAGGGGCUUCGCCCGCGCGCUGACCUGGACCUAGAUCCUCCACGCAAGAUGGGCCCCGCGCUGCUGCUGCUGCUGGCGGUGCUGGCGCCGGCGCUGAGCCCCGCGCGGGCGGCGCCGGCGGCCGACGAGGUGUCGUUCCUGCCCGGGCUGGCCAAGCAGCCCGCCUUCCGCCACUUCUCGGGCUACCUGCGCCUCGCGCCCGGCCGCCGCCUCCACUACUGGUUCGUGGAGGCGCAGAGCAGCCCCGAGACGCGCCCGCUCGUGCUGUGGCUGAACGGCGGCCCCGGCUGCAGCUCCAUGGACGGGCUGCUGACGGAGCACGGCCCCUUCCUGGUGCAGCCGGACGGCGCCAGCCUGCGCUACAACGACUACGCCUGGAACCGCGUGGCCAACGUGCUGUACGUGGAGUCCCCCCUGGGCGUGGGCUUCUCCUACUCGGACGACAAGCGCUACGCCACCAACGACACCGAGGUGGCCCACAACAACUACCUGGCCCUGAAGGAGUUCCUGCGCCUCUUCCCCGAGUACUCCAACAACGACCUGUACCUCGCGGGCGAGAGCUACGCCGGGGUCUACGUCCCCACGCUGGCGCAGUGGGUCAUGCAGGAUCCCAGCCUCAAGCUCAAGGGCCUGGCUGUGGGGAACGGCCUCUCCUCCUAUGAGACCAACGACAACUCCCUGGUCUACUUCGCCUACUACCACGGUCUCCUGGGGACCCAGCUCUGGCAGGACCUGCAGACCUUCUGCUGCUCGCAGGGGAAAUGCAACUUCCACGACAAUCGUAGCCUGAACUGCACGCUUAAGAUGAUGGAAAUGAUCAAGAUCGUGGAUGAGUCCGGCCUGAACAUUUACAACCUCUAUGCUCCAUGUGCCGGUGGCGUCCCCGGAGCCUUCAGGUACGAGGGGAGCCAGCUUAUCACCCACGACCUGGGCAACUCCUUCAUCAGGCAUUCCCUGAAGUUCUCCUGGAGGCAGAACCUGCUCCAAAUGCCAGUGGCCAAGAAGGCGGUUCGGCUGGAUCCCCCUUGCACUAACACAACUGCCAUCAGCAACUUCCUGAACUCCCCCGAAGUGCGGAAGGCCCUGCACAUCGCCCCAGAGGUCCCUGAGUGGCAGCUGUGCAACUUUGAGGUGAACCGUAGCUACAAGCGCCUCUACACCACCAUGAAUGACCAAUACCUGAAGCUGCUUGGCACCGGGAAAUACCGGAUCCUGGUGUACAACGGCGACGUGGACAUGGCCUGCAACUUCUUGGGGGAUGAGUGGUUUGUGGACUCCCUGGGCCAGAAGGUGCAGGUCAACCGCAGGCCCUGGCUGUACAAAGAUGGGGGCGUGGAUCAAAUCGGGGGCUUCGUGAAGGAAUUCACCAACAUCGCCUUCCUUACUGUCAAGGGCGCCGGGCACAUGGUGCCCACGGACCAGCCGCAAGCUGCCUUCACCAUGUUCAGCCGCUUCAUUCACUGCCAGCCUUACUAGCAGCCAGUGGAGCGGGGCUGCACUUCCUGCACUGAUGCCUGGUGCCCCAGCCCUGGGCCCUUCCGUGCAGUUGGCCACUCACUGAGCGAUGGCCAGAUACCAGUUCCCCCUGCGCAGGGUCCCGACGGCACUGGGGCUCCUGCUUUCCUCUGGUUUCCCGGCAGAGGGCACCAGACUCUGUCAUUCCUGCCCUGUUACAGCCCCCCCCGACCCCUGCAGCCAGUGCUGGGGGUCCUGACCCAGCCGCUACGGUGCCGGCAGGGGGCCGGAGCCGCCCGUCCUGGCCGGAGCAGGCGGCAGUCUCCCUGCUGGGGCUCUUUCCUCCUGCCCCAGGCGCUGGAGCCAGUCGCUUCCCCUUGGCUGGGAGCAGCGCACGGCCCUUCCUCUCCCAUUCCGGCCCCUGCACGCACGUCCUGCCCGGGCCCCGGGCAGCCGCAGGGGCUCCGAGCAGGCCCCCUCCCCCAGUCCAAGUUCUUGCAGUCACAUGGUGGUGGUGGCGGCUCUGAUGCCUCUUUCAGGGCCCAGGGGGGCCUUGCAAUAAACAGUUUGACCAAACUA